UGGGUUGUUAUAUCAGACUACGAAGCAACCAGGAAAGAUGAACUAACAUUACGAAGGGGAGCCAGAGUUCGAAUCCUGUCUAAAGACGCUCGAAUAUCAGGAGACGAGGGCUGGUGGGCUGGAGAAGUGAACGACCAGGUAGGCAUCUUCCCGUGUUUGUGUGUUUCUGAACUGUUGCCCAUUGAAAUUGAAUACAAUGAGUUGCUGCCCCUGGGCUCAAUGAUCGGCCACGGUGCGUUUGGCAAUGUGCAUCGAGGUCAUUGGAGAGGUGAAGAAGUUGCAAUCAAGUUGUUUGUCGUGUCUUCAAUAUCUCCAGCCAACCAUGUUAAUUCCAUGAUCGAAAGCAUACGAAAAGAAGCUCAGCUGUUCUGGUUACUGCACCAUCCAAACAUAAUUAGAUUGUUGGGAGUUUGCUUGAGUCCACCUAAUUUGUGCCUGGUCAUGGAGUAUGCCAGAGGGGGUCCUGUCAGUCAAAUCAUACAAAGAUUCAGCUUAACUCCAGAAAUAAUAGUCAACUGGGCACUACAAAUAGCACGAGGAAUGAACUACCUACACGAAGGGGCUCGACUGCACAUCGUCCAUCGAGACCUCAAAUCCAACAACAUUUUAAUUCUGGAAGCCAUUGAAGGCAAUAACCUGGAAAACAAAACGCUAAAAAUUAUUGAUUUUGGAUUGGCGAGGGAAGCAUCACACACCACUCACAUGAGCACAGCUGGUACUUAUGCGUGGAUGGCUCCAGAAGUGUUCAAGUCACAAAAAUUUUCUAAAUUCAGCGAUGUUUGGAGUUAUGGAGUUGUACUUUGGGAAUUACUUACUGGGAAGACGCCGUACGAGGGCUUCAACUUUGCAGCCAUCCUCUAUGGAGUUGGGAACAACACUUUGAAGUUGCCUAUACCUGAUUCCUGUCCUCAAAGCUUCAAAGAUCUUCUUCAAAGGUGCUGGCAGCCCGCAGCUCACAACCGACCGACAUUUCGUAACAUCAUAUCCAUUCUCGAAUCAAUUGCUGAUUCAUCAUUUGUGGAAACUUCAAACGAAAAUUUCCAAAUGAUGCAAGAUGACUGGCAUCGAGAAAUUGAAGAAAGAUUUCAAGAGUUGAGACAAAAAGAAAAAGAGUUGCACUUGCUCGAAGAUGAACUGAACAAAGCAUUGGAGCAACGGAAACUUCAUGAGGAGGAGCUGCACAGAAGAGAGAGGGAACUUUUGGGCAGGGAGUUGGACUUGGUGGAGCGUGAAAUUCAAGUGCUCAUCAAGCAGCAGUGCAUGAACAAGCCUGAAAAACGCAAGGGCAAGUUCAGGAAAAGUCGCUUGCAAAAAUUGAAGGCUGGCGGGGGGAAAAAUAUUAGUGAACCGUCUGACUUCAGACACAACUUUACAGUUCAACAAGAAAAACCAAGUCCAAUCAGUCCACCGGUUUCCCCUGACUUCCUGCCGAGACUCACCAUUGCUUGUUAG